GUGAGAAGCAUCGUCGGGUUCUGUGCUUCGCACUACGCUAACAAAACCUGAAGCAAACACACAACAACAACAAAAUACAUUCUACAACUCUGCUGCUAGAGUUCUAAAAAGUAAUUGAAAUAAGAAGCGCUUGAAGACGCACCAAGCUAACACGAUAAACACGAAAAUUCUCGCCGAAUUUGUACGCGAUAGUGCAGUGGCGCGUUCAAUUAAGCAAUUAGAAAAAUAUUAAGCGAAAUUAUUGAAAAUAAAUAAUUUAAAGAAGAAAAAAUACAAAGUGAUACAAGUGCAUUUGCUGAAGAAGACAGAAGAAGUUCUGCAUUAAAGAAAUUGCUUUGAGAAAUUGGCUAGAAAAAUUAGUGCAAUUGUUCACAAUCAUUCCAUGUGCUUUUGUGCUGCGAAUCAGUUUUUCGGAAAACUCAUACGGACUUGCGCUAGUGAAAGAAGCGUGGCGACGCGUUAUUUACAUGAAUACUAAACAACUUUUCAAUAAAACGCUUCAAGCGCUUUGAAAAAUAAACGAACAAGCUUUUCACAAAAAAUUGUGAACGUGCGUGAGACAAAUUUUUUUCAUAAAAAACUAUUAUACAGCGAUACGCAAGUGUACCGUUACUUUGCAUUGCACGGUCAACGUCGACGACGCCGCUGAACACGCACGCAAGCGAACUGCGCAGCGCGGAAAUGUCAAAAGUUCACGUGCUGUCGCCCACUCAAGUCAAAUGCUGAUUAGCAGAAAUAACGCUAUUUUUCGUAAAAAAGCGUAAAAGCUGAAAAUCAUUUGAAGAAAAAAGCACACUCAUAGCGAAAUAGUGAACAAUCCUAAAUAGUGCAUAAGAAAAAACAAAAAAAAAAAGUAGCGAAGUGCAUGCGCCGGAAAGCAAUCAGCAGCAGCAAAGAAACACAUUAAGCAUGCAAGCGGUUGAAGAAUAAUAAUAAAAAACCUUAAUUAAAAUUAAGUUUGUCUAAUUACACUGCAUCAGUUCACAAGCGCAUAGUCAUGCUGAGCUAACAGUUAGUAAAGUGUUUACUAAAAACUCAAACAAUUUAGCUGCUAAAUACAUUUUAUAUUAAAUAAUUAAAUAUAUUUUUUAUGUAUGUUAUAUGCUGUGCAAAAAUUAAAACUACGAAAAAGUGUGUGCAAAGAACAAACAAACAACUAAUUGCUUUCCUGCUACACACUGUCCUUUGCCGAUGUUUUUGUUGGCAAAAACGGGUAGUAGCUAACCAAUUUUAUUUUAAUACGAAAAGUAUUAUUAUUUAAUGCCAUAUUAAAGGAUAUUCAUAUAAAAUCAUAUAAAACACACUGCACCGAAAGUAUUCGGACAGAACAAUUUACAAACCCAGCAUUUGGAUUAAAUAGGAUUAACGACAAAGAACGCAWCGCAAAUAUAUCAAAAUGAAUUGGAUAAAACUGAUAUCAGCGACAAUACUAACGCUCUUUGUCAUUGUCAAUGAGGUUCACAGUUCCGGUUUGUUCGAAUUACGCUUACGUUAUUUCAACAACGAUUACGGUCGCGACAGUGAGGGCAAUUGCUGUAGCGGCAUUUCCGAUCCGCAAACGGGCAAAUGUAUCGGUACAUGUAAGACACGGUUUCGCGUUUGUCUCAAACACUAUCAAGCCAAAAUCGAUACGACAUCACAGUGUACGUUCGGUGACGUUGUGACGCCGGUACUCGGAGAGAACUCGGUAAAUCUAACGAAUACGCAAAAAUUCAAAAGCAAAGGCUUCACGAAUCCCAUACAGUUCGCCUUCAAUUUUGCAUGGCCGGGCACGUUCACACUGAUCGUCGAGGCAUUGCAUGACACGAAUAACAGCGCCAAUAUGCGCUCAAGCAGUAAGUUGAUAUAA